AAAUUUUUAAAAAUAAUAGAUCAUUGCGCAUCUUGCUGCCAAGUUGAAAACUACAAUUCCCAGGAUGCUGCUCGGAGCGGGAUCCGGAACCGGAAGUGGGCACGGGGCGGGGCCAGAUGUGCGCCGCUGCUGCUGCGUGAGGCGUUGGCCCCAGGACAGAGACUGGCACAUGGACUGGAAAUUGGAAAGGAGUGUUCAGAGAACAGAGUCACCAGAGUUGCAGGGGCAAGAAGGCAUCCUAGAAGACAUAGGUGAAGAUGGACUCUCUGAAAGCUUCCAGCUUCUGCAGAUUGAUGUGGAAUGUGACUGCCCAGACAGGGAGCCCCUCCCCACAAGCAGUGCAACAUGGUGCUCGAAAAAUGUCCAGAGAAAACAGAGACACUGGGAAAAGAUAGUUGCAGCAAAGAAGAGCAAAAGAAAGCAAGAAAAAGAAAGAAGAAAAGCCAACCGUGUAGAAAAUACAGGCAUCUGCCCCCAGCACAGCAAAAGAUUUCUGAGAGCCUUAACCAAAGAAAAACUCUUGGAGGCCAAACAUUCAGGACCAAGACUGUGUAUCGAUUUGAGUAUGACUCAUCACAUGUCAAAGAAGGAAUUAAGUAGGCUGGCUGGACAGAUCCGAAGGUUGUAUGGUUCAAACAAAAAAGUUGACAGACCCUUUUGGAUCUGCCUUACUGGAUUCAUGACAGAUAGUCCCCUCUAUGAAGAAUGUUUGAGGAUGAAUGAUGGAUUUUCUAGUUACCUGCUGGAUAUAACAGAAGAAGACUGCUUUAGUUUAUUUCCCCUGGAAACCCUUGUGUACCUGACUCCUGAUUCAGAGCAUGCGCUUCAAGAUGUUGACCUAAACAAAGUUUACAUCCUUGGUGGACUUGUGGAUGAAAGCAUUCAGAAAAAGGUGACGUUUCAAAAGGCCCAGGAGUAUUCUGUCAAGACAGCCCGCUUACCAAUCCAGGAAUACAUGGUCAGGCUCCAGAAUGGGAAAAACUAUCAUUCAGAGAUAUUGGCUAUCAAUCAAGUGUUUGAUAUCCUGUCCACUUUCUUGGAGACUCACAACUGGCCUGAAGCAUUGAAGAAAGGAGUUUCUUCGGGAAAAGGCUAUGUUCUUCGAAAUUCAGUGGAAUAACGGGCAGCCUAAGAUUGCAGCUGCAGGAGAUGAAGUGCCUGAGGUGUUUCAACCAAAGAAAAAGGCAGGGGGUAGUAGUGGCAUAUACUUGCCUUUACUUGAUAUCUUGGAUCUUCAUAGUGUAAACUAAUGACAGGGACCAUAUUUUAUGCUUUUGCAUUGUCCACAGUGCCUGGCUCACAGGAAGUGCCCUGAUCAAUGUUUAAAAAAAAAAAAAUUAUAUAACAAGGAUUAGCUCUAAAACUACAUGACUUUGGAUAUGUUAAUUAAUCUUUUAUACUUCUCUAUUUGUGAAAGACCCUACUUUUAGAGACUGUUUAUGUGGCAAAAUAAUUGUUAUAUCAAUUAUUUUAUAUAUACUAAACUGGCAUUAAAUUGUAUGACUUUCUCCAGC